AUGACGAACCAGCAGAUGAUGCAAGAGCGGAUGCGUAUCGAGCAGCAGCGGAUGCAGGCGCAAGUUGCCAGUGCUGGUGUCGGCUCUCCCGUCAACCCGAUGGGCUCCCCGAUGGUAGACGGCGGCCCGCAGUUCCCGGCCUUGCGCUCGAACCCGGGUCUGCCUGGGAUCGCCCGCUCAACACGCACGCCCUCCGACUCGGGCCCCUCUCCCGUCUCUUCCCAGCGCAUGUCAAUGUCCGGCCACAGCCCCGACGAGCAGCGGGCGCUCAUGAUGCAGCAGCAGGCCGCCGCACAACAGCGCGGCAUGAACGCGCAGAUGGGUAUGGGAGGUGGUAUGGGCGGGGGCAUGGGCGGUGGCUUGGGAGGCGGUAUGGGAGGUGGCAUGGGUGGCGGCAUGGGUGGUGGGAGCUACGCUCAGAUGCAGCAAAUGCAGCAAAUGGGCAUGGGCUCGCCACCUGGCUCCGCAGGGGGUAUGAUGUCCGCGUCAGGUGCCGGUGGGGGUGCGAUGUGGGGUGGAGGCCCCUCGGGGGCGGGUGGGCCGUUCAUGGCGCCGUCGCCAUCAGGCAGCCAGCACGACGGCAUGACGCCUGGGCGCGGGUCGAGCGCGACCCCGGGGCCAGGAAUGGUGACACCGUCAGGCGACCCUACCGGGCUCGGCGGCGACCUCGACUUUUUCAACUGGCAAUGA